AUGCGUGGGCUCCUCAAGGAUCUGGAUGAUAGAGGCGGAGGUCGGUGGAGUUAUCUGAUUGGGACCGAGUCGAUCAUCUCCGGCGCUGGGGCUGGUUUGGUCAGCAGUGUGAUCACAUGUCCGUUGGACGUGGUCAAGACAAAAUUACAAGCUCAGGGUGGACUGUUUACCUCACACCAAGCCGUGGACUACUAUGAAGGCUUACUUGGCUCGAUGAGGAUCAUCUGGCGUGAGGAGGGUUUCCGGGGACUGUAUCGUGGAUUGGGCCCAACGAUCAUCGGCUACCUGCCCACCUGGGCAAUAUACUUCACAAUCUACGAUGCCGCAAAGGCCAAGUUGGCUGACUCAAGACCGAAUCAUCAGGAAGAUGCCGUUGCCCACGUGUUGGCCGCCAUGACGGCUGGCGCUACUUCGACGAUCGCUACCAAUCCACUCUGGCUGAUCAAGACCCGCUUCAUGACUCAGCGCGUGAUGCGGGACCCACAAUCGGAACGCUACCGGCACACGUUUGAUGCGAUUCGCAGGAUCCAUGCCAAGGAGGGACUCAGGGGAUUCUAUCGGGGCCUGGUGCCGAGUCUGUUUGGGGUGACCCAUGUGGCGAUCCAGUUCCCGCUGUACGAGCAGAUCAAGCUGUACUACAAGAAGCAGCCGGCGGACGAUCUGCCCUCGAGCCAGAUCCUGAUGGCCUCGGCGGCCUCCAAGAUGCUCGCCUCGCUGCUCACCUAUCCCCACGAGGUCCUACGCACCCGCUUACAAGUCCAUGCCCUCAAGUCUGCCAGCGACUCCACCACCUCCUCCUCCCAUCCUCCCAAACCCUCCAAAUUGGUCUAUCCCAAACUACGCGAGGUCUUCCGGAUCAUCGUCCAGAACGAAGGCUUUGCUGGUCUCUACCACGGAAUGGGCGUGAACCUAAUCCGGACCGUCCCCAGCAGUGCCUUGACUAUCCUUACAUAUGAAUUGAUGAUGAGGCAUCUCACCGCCUUAACCCGGCAUCCUUAA